GCAGACACUGAACGCAUCAACGUUUCGCCGGUAUCGAGUCGUAAGAAAGUCGUCCAUCACUUCCGUACAGGGACAAAACCACCACAAGUAACGAGCAACAAUGAACGUGUCGCAUGAAAUCAGCUUGCUCGUGGAGGAGAUUCAGAGACUCGGCAGUAAAAACUCUGAUGGUCAGACCAUUGUGAAGUUCGGCGUUUUAUUUAACGAUGACCGCUGCGCCAACAUCUUCGAGGCGUUGGUGGGCACUCUGAAGGCCGCCAAGAAGAGGAAGGUGAUCGACUUCCAGAGCGAGCUGCUUCUGCAGGGCGUCCAUGACAACGUUGAGAUUGUUCUGCUGUAGGAAUGAACCCAGACAUUUGGUUCGGAUCUUUUUUCCUGAGCGAAUCCUUUAAAAAAAAAAAAAAAACGUACGGCGCUCCUGCAGUGUCUGAGCUUUUGCAUUAUUUGUUUUUGUCCUCCAUUUACAGAUCACGAUAUUUAAAGGCGCGCAUUGCAAAUUGUGAAAUAAAACAUAAAGUAGGUUAUGCUGAACUAAA